CUACCACUCACUAGAUUAAUCACAGUAUGGUCUUUGAGUCGUAAUGUCUGCCAUCAACCAGGAAUUUUUCAAAUAUUUGACAGUAUUGGCUAUGUGUAGCAUGGCCUUUGCUGAUAAUGGAAAUGGAGUGGUAGUAACCGCUAGAUCUAGUGAUGACUGCCAAGUAACGCCCGUUAUCCAUGUCUUACAGUAUCCAGGAUGUGUACCAAAACCAAUACCUUCAUUUGCAUGUACAGGACGUUGCAGCAGUUAUCUUCAAGUUUCCGGGUCAAAAAUAUGGCAAAUGGAAAGAUCUUGUAUGUGCUGUCAAGAGAGUGGUGAACGAGAAGCCUCAGUAUCACUCUUUUGUCCUAAAGCAAAACAAGGCGAGAAAAAAUUUAGAAAGGUAACUACAAAAGCUCCACUGGAAUGUAUGUGUCGUCCUUGUACCGGUAUCGAAGAAAGUGCGGUGAUUCCUCAAGAAAUGUCUAACUAUGCCGCCGAUGAACCAGCUAUCAACGGACAUUUUUCUAAAUCUAUUUAAAUUAUUAAUCAGUAAACAAAGAAAGUGUUUAUAUUACUUUCAUUUUUAUACAGUUUCAAAAUUAUUUACCAAUUUUAUUCGUAUGAAAAUGUAAUAAUCUCUUGUACAACACACUCUCAUGUCACUUUUACUUAAAUUAUAAA